AUGAGUGAAACGUACUCCCCCGAGAAGUACCUACCAACGAUAGAUGCGAUUCUUGGCGUAGCGGACCUUGAACAGAUCACUGUCAAAAAAAUCCGGAAUGCGUUACAAGAGCUCUUUGGGGUGGACCUCCUGGACCAUAAAAAAGAGAUCAACGAGUUCAUAUUGGCUAGAUACUACGACCUUAUAGACAGGCGAACCGAGGAGGAAAAGUCGGAAAAAGAACGCAAGGAAGAGAUCGAAAAGCUGGACGCCUUGUUGGCUGCGCGGCUUCUGAAGUCCGAGGUGUCCGGGCCGUUGAUGAGAGCUCGACGCCAGAACAGGGUGGUUAAAAAGGCCCGUGGGACGGGCCAGAGUACUGCCAACAACGCAGGCUUCAACCGCGAAAUGGUGCUCUCUCCUGAGCUCCUGGUGGUGGUGGGACUGUCCAAGAUGUCCAGACCGCAGGUGGUGAAGGCUAUGUGGGCAUACAUCAAAGCCAAUGAUCUUCAGAACCCAGACGACAAGAGACAGAUCGAGUGUGACUACCUGUUGCAGGGAGUUUUCAAGAAGAAAACGGUGGGAGCGUUCGAGAUGAACAAGAUCCUCAACAAGCACAUUUUCAAGCCGGAAGAGGUGCUGAGUAACGGGGUCAAAAAAGAGGCCACUUACGAGAGCGACGAGGAUUCGGGAUAA